AUGACCAGCGGCAGGAGCAGCAUCACGCCCGCCGCGCCGGCUGGGCCGCCAAACUCGUACUCUGGCUGGGGCUUGCCGCCAGCCUUGCGUGCGGGCUUCGCCGACGAGGUGGCGGGCGUGGAGCCGCCGGCACGCGACGGCGACUGCGACCGGGCCGGCUUGAGCCCGGCGAGCCGAGGAGAGGCGCGGCACACUGAUUAA